GCGAAAUUUACAAAUGGUGAAACUUACACUCUGAUGCAAUUUUGCCCAAAUCUUGUCAUCGUUCGGCUUUUCUCCGACGUUUUUUUUACUGGAAGCACGGAUGAAUUUGUCCUUGUAAAAAAAAGAGGAAAGGAUAAUUUUGCACAAUGAAAAUAAAUUGUUAGCAAGUCCUUUUCGAGAGGAAAAAAGACCAAAAUGGCCGAAGGACACGAUCGAGAAUCGCUGGUGGAAGAUGCAAUCGUCGAAAAGUGGAAAAGGGAACAAAUUGAAUUAAAGAAGAAGCUUGUAUGCAAGGACUGCAUCAUUUGGGGUGAAUCCACGAGUAAUCCAUUUAGUAACUUAAGUCUAAUCGGAGGAGUUGACAUAUCAUUUGUCAAAGAUGAUCCAGAUCACGCCUGCGCUUGCUUGGUGGUACUUUCCUUCCCUGAACUUGAGGUUUUGUAUGAGGAUUUAACCCUUGUACAUCUGAAAUUACCUUACAUACCAGAAUUCCUGGCUUUCAGAGAAGUUGGGUUCCUUGUUGAAGCAGUUUCCAAGCUAAAAGAAGUUAAACCACAUCUACUUCCACAGAUCAUUUUAGUUGACGGGAAUGGAAUGUUGCACCCCAGAGGUUUUGGAAUUGCUUGUCACCUUGGAGUGCUGACAGAUAUCCCUACUGUAGGAGUGGCCAAGACCCUUUUCCAUGUGGAUGGGAUAAAGAAAGACUCCAAACAUGCAGAUCAGAUCAAAAACUGUCUAAAAUCUAAUGGAGACAGUUUCUCACUGAUAGGUGACUUUGGCACAAUUUGGGGAAAGGCAUUGAGAAGUACCCAACAAUCUCAUAAUCCUAUCUACAUAUCUGUGGGCCAUAAGAUAGGACUGGAGACAGCAGUGAGUCUUGUACAUGCCACCUGUCGGUUCAGAAUACCUGAACCAAUAAGACAAGCAGAUAUUAGAUCUAGAGAGUAUCUCAGACAACAUUACCCAAAAGAAUUAGAGAACUGUGCCUGCAGGAUGUAAAAUGAUGAAAGAAAUCCCCUGAAAAAGAGCAAUGAUCCAGAAAAGUAA